AUGGUUUCAAAUAUAUGGACAGCAGCUGCAGAUAACCAUCUAGAAUCGGUUCAGCGGUUUAUAAACCUGGGCGACUUCACAGCAAAUUCUAAAGACCCCAAUGGCUACACUCCGAUUCACGCGGCAGCUUCGUACGGCCACCUUGACCUUAUAGAGUAUUUAGUUAGUCAGAAAGGCGGAGACAUAAAUAUUCAAGAUAAUGAAGGAGAUACGCCUUUGCAUCAUGUGGAAGAUCUCACCACUGCCAAGGCACUAAUAGAGCAAUAUCAUGCAGAUUACAAGAUUAAAAAUAAUGAUGGACUAACAGCAAGUGAAUUUAUUGAACAAGAGGACGAGUUUCCUCAAGUUGCAAAAUACCUCAAGAGUUUGACUCAUGACCGAGUUGAAGAAAACGAUAUUAAAGCAGGAAAUGCUAGUCGAUUUUUGGAGAGCUUGCCUAGGCCAGGUACUAUUGAUGGUCAUGAAAUUAAGUACACUUUAGAAAAUGACCGGGAAGGAGCAGCUGAAGAAGAAUUGAGCUCUGAAGAACUUGAAAAAAGGAGAAGGAAAAUUGAACUGAUUUUGAACAGUGAUAAUCCAGAAUUAGGGUUACGAGAGUUGGUUAAGAAUGCUGUGCACGAGGGAAUGUUACAGUAUAAUGAAAUGGAGCAACAGAAAAGGAGUAAUACUGAACAUAUAAGUGUACCUAAUAAAGCGAGUGAUCUUACCUUGGAAGAGCUUAAAGCCAUGUCUAUUUGGCAAAGAGCUGCGAUAAGAGACUGGAGAUUAGAGUUUUUCACUAUCGGGUUCAUUCUCUUAUUUGUGUUAUUAUAUAAAGCCGGCGACUUAUACAAUAAGAGCAAGGUUAUUAGUUUUUUGAAAGCUAUUGAACCAACAUUUAAAAAACAAUUUUUCCAAUUUGGAGUUUUGCCAAAUAGACUUUACGUUAAGGACAGCUCAGAAAAUUAUGCCUCAUACGCCACAGGACGCUUAAAUAUUGCAAAAGUUGAUUUGAAGUUCACCUUGGCUCCAAGACAAAAUGUAUUUCUUUGGAUAAUGGAGUAUUGUUUUAGUAUAUUUACAUCUAGUGUUCGUUCACCAGUGGACAAAGUUGACAUCAUCAUUACCCCACUGGGAAAGUAUGAUAAUUUCAUAUCUUCAAUUGUUUCCAAAUUGGGUAUGGACGAAGCUAGAAAAUUGAACUAUUUCCUAUCCUUGUGUAAAACUACCGAUUCACAAGUUUUGCCUCAAAGUUUUGUUUACAUGAGUGAAGCUAAUGAAUUUCAAGAAAAAAUCACCACAAAUGACUUGAAGCAAGCAUUAACUUUGCAAAGCGCUUCAUACGUCAAAUUUAUUGCCUUCACUGAUCAACCCACUAUCAAGCCCGAAAACUUGAGAGAGUUUAUCCCCAAUAGAAGAGUAGUCAUUGAAUUGAAAUUGACAAAUAAUAAAGAGGCUCUAAAAGUUAUUAGCAAUGUACUUGAAGCUGUUUUUAACAUUGUUGACAAAUUGUCCGAUCAAAGUAUCACUUUCAGACCAGAAACAAUCAGAAAAAUAGUCAAGACUAGAGAAUUUGAAAUCGAGAAAUUGAAGAAAAUCGAGCAGGAAGCUAAAGAUGAAAAAUUAGCUGAAGAGCAAGCUAAGUUGAAGAGAGAGGAAAGAGAUAAGUUAAGAAACAUGUCUAGAGAAGACCAAUUGAAAGCCGAAAAGAGGGCUCAAGAGAGGAAACAAAAGAAGAUGCAAAGAAAACAAAAAGUUAGGAUGUAG